CCUGCGUACUACCACUCGCACUCGAUACCGCCCGAAGAAAUUAGUGCGUGAGUAGCAUAGGUUUUGGUUAAUGAUUCGGCCGAAGAGUUCGAGAUCCCCGGAGAUAAAGGAGAUAGAGCGCCAUCGGCUUCAUGUAGUUGAUGGUGCAGGGAGAUCAGCUGUAACGCGGCAUGCAAAUCAUCACUGGGAGGCACGACGUAAUGGCCUGUCCUCGGGUAUGGAGAAAAUUCGUACCCAGGUAUGGGUGCAAAGAGCAGGCGAUAAUCCGUUCCAAGGGGUUCAUCAGUGUGCACGACCGGGCCUGGUCGUCCGCUGCUGCAGCGGCUUCUUCAAGGAAAGGUUCGCCCGAAGCAAGUGCAAGUUCCUCGUCAUCAAGUUCUAACGGUCGUGGUGCGGUAAGAGCAUCCUCUUCCUCCGCCCACCGUGAUUCUCCUGCAGAUGACUGGCAUUCCGCGCUUUAUGACAGCCGAAAUCCAUUGCGGUCGUACGAAUCAAAGCAGGCUUCGUCGCAGAAAGAGUUCAUCAAACAGAUUCGAAAGUGCCACGGGCUGUACACGGCUGUGUACGAUGAGCUACUGUCGGAUUUGACUGCUCUCGGCACGGCGUCGUCUUUGCAGGAUGAAGUUUCGCGCCGGAAGUCGAUGCUCGCCCAGAGCGUUGCAAGUUCGGCUUCUAGUAGUGCAACGCUACAAGCAGGGGGCACGAACAGCAAUGCAGAAUUGGGCAUAUCCUCCUCUUCGCGGGCCGCGUUACUGGAUUCGUUUCUCGCGAACCUGGUCUUCCCCAAGCACGUGCACAAGUAUUUCGCAAAAGCGGCAAAUGGCGCUAGCCUGUUCCCGAGCGUCAUUUACACGCACCUGGCGGCCGGCCUCGCGGAGUACUGCAUGGAAAAACGGGGAACAAAAAACGUGCAGGAUGCGCUGCGGUUUGUCACCUACUAUCGCUCACCGCUGAUGCUGGAAGAGCUGUACCGGCUGGGCUACAAGAACGACACGGCGCAUCGCCUCAUCGCCAAGGCACACUUCAUGCAGUUUCACGCGGGCAGUCGAGUUCCGUUUCCAGGCAUGAGUGGGACCGAGGAUCCGGACAUUUUCAGCGGCAUGACACGAAAAUUCUAUCCGUGCGACUCGCACGUCAGCACCGGCAGCACCGAUCUCGGCAGAGACUUGGAGAUGCAAACCGCUCGGGCGUUUUGCAUGGGUCUGGAGGGAAAACAGCCGCCCGUAACCGUCAUUGCAAGCGGCGACACGGGGUUCUACACCGAUGGCGCAAUGCACGCCGUGGCGCAUCUCGUGGAAGCGCGCGAGCGCGGGUUCCCGAUGCCCUUGAUUUUCGUCGUCAACGCCAACAAUUCGAGCAUCAGCAGCCGCUUGCACCCGGCUGCCACGGAGAACGAAGACGAUUUCGGCUUGGCAAAAUUACAAGAACGCUUCGCAAGCUACGAAAGUGUCAUUGACAAGGGAUUCGUUUCCUGGGCGCCGGAUGUGCAGGGAGGCAUUGCCACGAUGCAGAAUGCCGUGGACCAGGUUCUGCGGACUGGCCGGCCGACCUACGUGAUAUGCCGCUUUCCCUUUCGGCCAGGGGGGCAUGCAAACGACCAGAAUCCCGCACCGGACGCCGUCGUCUUGGAUCAGUUUGACAAGCUGAAGGAGUGUUUGCUGUCCCAGCUCGCGGACAUUUCCGAGCCAACUGCAACGGGCGCAGACCUCGCAAAAGCCCUGGAAGCCGCGAACGUAUCCAUUGGAAACGAGAUCGAAGCGGCGAUCUGCGGAACGAACGUGCUCACCCGUGCGGAGGCCGUGGAGCUGUCGCAGCCGGGGGCGCUCACCGUUUUUGGAGCUGAGCAAGGCAAAAUUCACGCCCUCUCUUCGGAGUACUUGACAAGCAAAAACCACGCCGAGUUCGCCGGGAUGGGGUCAGACAUUUUUGCGCGCACCAUCAACCAGGAGAUGGACAAGGCCGACAAAAAAAACCGCGCUUGCCGCUACGUCCACCAGGAGAACCACAAAAAGGACAAAAACGCCGACAGCCGGGGCGGGGUGUACGGAGAGCUGAAUCUGAUCGAGGAUAGACACACGGACAAAUUUGUGAACUUUCUCCCGCACGAGUCGCAGGUGAUGCAGGUGGGCGCCGCGAUGCGGUCGGUUCUCCCGGAAAACAAUCUGGUUUUCGUCAAGGGACCGCACACAAUUUUCAACGAGCACGCCCGAGACCACAUGAAGUACGCAGCGUACCGGUACUGCGAUUCCGGCACCCACGGAAACGUGAUCUACAUGUUUGAUGGCGGCUCGAUUGCGUCGUUUGAUGUCCAGGAAAUCGAAAACGCCGACGGGUCAAAAUCCACCCGCGCGCACUGGCUCGCGCGCGUCGGCGAGCACCACAACACGCCGGAGUACUCCUCUUUCGCGUCCGAUGCGAACACCGUGAUGGCUUUGCCGCUCGAUAUGAACGCGUUUCGGGCCAGCAUGCCGGAAAUGGUGCGACUGCACGACUUGGGCCGCAUGGUCAUUUGCGUGGUCCCCACCGCAGCGUUUCAACUUUUGCACGGGAAGUUCCCCCUGGAGGCGCCGGAAACCGUGAUAGGGCUGAACGAUGUGUUGCAAGUCAAGUUUUCCUUCGCAUCAACUGCUGAAAAGCCGAAGAGCAAGCGAAAACUUGUGGUUCUCGCAUGGGGCCCGGAAGCGAAGAUGGCUGCCAAGGUUGUCGAGGAGAAGCAGGUACUAAAGCGAACUUUGUUGAUGUAAGUGUAUGCUAGACUAGUAGACCGAGUGAAAGACAAGUACUUUCAAGUUUCGGAUUUUACAUAUGUGUGCCGAAAUGUCGUAUCACAUCGUUUUCUCCCACUCCGUACAACAUUCAUCAUUUUCAGGUCAACUGCGAUUUCUUCAUCCUCUCAUACAACCGAACGCCAAACGCUCUGGUUGACUACCUGCGCGCCGAACUGCAGAACGAGCAGCCUAUCGACGUUCUCGUCGUCGACGGGAAUCCAAACGCCGGGUUACUUGGCCCGGUCGUGACCGAUUUGAAGCGCAAGCUGCCGUACAGUCGGAACCUCGUUUUUUCCGAAUGCACAAUCCCGAGUGUCUACAUCCCCUACGGCGUCGGCGACUGCCUGCUUCAGGCGGAGGACGUUGUGACCGCAUUGGAGCGAAUCGGAGCAAUCACCGCAGGAGACGUGGGGGACGCGAAAAGGAAAAGUUCUUGGAGGUUUGGCGCUGGUAGCGGAGACUGCGAAGUACAGACGACGUCGACGACGGGGUCUGGUACUGGUACUGACUUGUCGUCCGCUGCUCCUGCAAGCGCAAAAGCAGAAGCAGCAGCAAGCACGACGAGCAGCGCCAACGCAGCUUCCGAAACAAUCGUGGUAAAUGCACCACUCGACGGUGACAAUCUCUACGUAACCUUUGUCAAAAAACCUGGGGACCAAGUAGAAGCGAACGAACUGAUUGCCGAGAUUGAAAGCGACAAGGCGACGAUAGAAAUCAAGGCGCCACGAGCAGGGACAAUAAGCGAAUUCUGCGUUGCAGAGCAAGCUGAGGUCACACUGGCAUCGACGGACCCGCUCUGCAAAAUCAAAACUUGAUGACUUUUUGAACUUUUCUUUUCGGUAAUCUUUUCCAAAUGAAACCUUCACCGUUGCUCGAUGCCCUUUCCGUGGCGAUAGGAUGUCGACUUCGACGGCUAGACUUCGCCUCUGUGUCUGUGUGUAAAAUAGAUUCGACUACUUUUUCAACAAAGUAUACAUAGUAAGUAGUACUAAAUGAAGACACCAGCAAGCUGCAACACACAAUUUGCGAUUGCGCAACAUGAGACCCUGAGCUUCGUGUCCAAGUGUGUCCAC